AUGGCACAAUAUCACACGGUCUCCACGCCGUCGGCUUUAGAGGUCUAUGUCAACGGAACUCUAGGCGCUUCCAUUCCUAUGCAUGGAAGCGGGACUUGGGGUUACGGGCCCUUUCAGGAUCAACUCGCCUACGUCAAAGAUGUGGUGGUGACGGCGAGUAACGGCACCGUCCUCUACCAGAACAACUUUCUCAGCCAGGACACCCUCGCCGAAUACGCAGCGGACUCCAACUGGGGAACCGUGUGCGCGGAUGGCGGCAAACGGGGCCGUUCUGUUUGGAUUGGAGGUUUUGCACAUACAGCACGAAGCAUUGCGACCACCACCUAUCGACUCGACUACAUACGGGGCACCCUUGAAACUGCUUUGGCCUGGCAACUUCAGUCUGGAGAGCAUUCUGGCAUCAUCAGCACGCAGGCCCAGCUAGGUGCCGACCCGGCAAACGGUCCGCUGUUGUUCCCCGCGCCAUACCGGAUCACGGACUAUCAACUCUUCUUCCUUCUGACGCUGGGCGAUUACUACCGAAUGACGAACGACCUAGAGUCCCGCGGCAUGUCCCGAAUGGGCAGUUAUAUUGACCCGCAUUCGGGCCUGCUUGGCGAAAGCUACGACAAUAAAUACUUCACUGCCUCCAACAAGCUCAAUGCCACUGCCCCUUCUGCCCUAAUGGCUCUCUCCCUCCGUCAACUUAUCCCGGCCGCCGAGGCCCUCCAAGAUACAGCUAGUGCAGCAUCCUUUGCAGCCACCUACAAGGGUCUCUCGGACGCCAUCAACUUGCUGCUGUGGAACCCCGAGAAGGGAGCCUACGGUAUCUCUGUAUCCGAGCCUGACGACUACUCCCUGUUCGCCAUGACCUUCACCAUCCGCGCAGGCAUUGCCAACGAGACGCAGAUCCAAGCCAUGGUCUCUUCCCUCGAGUCCCUGCAGCUCGGUGUCGGGUACAAGGACGCCUUAAACUUAGGCAAUAGUACUACGAUGCGCAUGUCGCCCAACUCCCAAGGUUUCCUGCUCGAGGCACUUCUCAUCGCAAACAAGACGUACGGCACGCCGUCUCUCGGGCCAGUGAGCACAUUGCUCCGGACGUUCUGGCCGAACAUGCUAAACACGAGUCGUUAUUACUCCGGUUCAACUUGGGAAUAUGAAUACCCGGAUGGAAGCCCCGGUAUCGGGCUCUUCACUAGCCUAGCCCACCCGUGGGGCAGCGCGCCGACUUACCUCUUGACGGAGUACGUGCUCGGCAUUCGCGCUGCUGACCCUGGAUAUUCCAAAUAG